GUAUGGCGAAGCUUCCGAACCUCGCUGCUCUGUUACUUUUCUCAUUCAUAACAGGAGUAAGUUCCAUGGGAACAACCACCAGUCCUCAACAACAGAAUCCACAAACUGGCGCUGACAAAUACCCAUGUGAGAAAUCUAUUUUUGCCCACGGAUCCUCUGGGAUUCCAGGAUCGAAUGGCAUACCAGGAAUGCCGGGAAUUCCUGGCGCCCCAGGGCCCCAAGGACAACAAGGAAAAGAUGGAGCCAAGGGGGAGCCUGGUGUUAAGGGACCGAGAGGUAUGACGGGAAUAAGAGGACAAAAAGGAAACUCAGGGUCACUUGGUAAAAAUGGUGCACCUGGAAUGAUGGGAAUAAAAGGAAAUAAAGGUGAUGAAGGGUCACCUGGCAGCAGUGGACCGCCAGGAAUCAAGGGUGUGAAAGGAGAGCAGGGAUCUAAAGGAGAGAAAGGAGAAAUCGUGAAUAGUGCAGUGUCACAGACCAACUGGAAACAGUGUGUGUGGAAAAAUGCUGAUAGUCGAGAUAGUGGAAAGAUUAAGGAUUGCUCAUUCAACAAGCUGCAGUCUGAUACAGCCAUUAAAGUCUCAUUCCAGGGAAAUAUGAGAGUACACAGCUCUUCUAAAUGCAACAGGUGGUUCUUCAAGUUUAAUGGAAAUGAAUGCAGAGGACCAAUGACAAUUGAGGCUGUUGUGUACAACGAUUGGCCAUCUGGGAGUCCUAAUCUGCUUCAUCACAGAUCAUUUGAGGGAUACUGUGAAAACAUUCCACAGGGCAGGGUUACUGUGGAGUUGUGGGUAGGAAAGUGUCCCAGUUAUCCACUGGGUGAUGCUCACACUGGAUGGAACUCAGUAUCCCGCAUAAUGAUAGAGGAAGUGUCUAGAGCCCAGUCCUAAUUGCCCUGUUAUCUUCACCUAAGGACUGGAGUAGAAUAUUCUCUUUUCAUUCAUCCAUUAUUUUAGAUUCAUAAUUUUCUCACAUUCCCAUACCGCCCAAAAAUUGAAGUUACUGUUUGUCACAAGUACUAUUUUGCCCUGACAGUGUUGGAUGUUAUGAGGAUUCCUUUAUUACGAUGUAAACCUUUUGAUUCUUUUUAAUUACAUGUACUUUUCUUUGUACUGCUUAGUCUAUGCUAUGUACUGGUUGAUACCUUCGUCCCCUCCUGAAAAUUUUUUCCUGAAUUAUUUUAAGUUUGUCUCUGCAUUACAAUAAAACUGUUUGACAUGUGUUAGUCAACAAAAUGAUAGUUUCUUUAAUCAUUAGUGAUAUAACUGUAUGUGCCUCUUUGCAUUUUUGGUUACAUAACAAACCAGAUAUGAUCUUUCACUUUUUUUCCAUUAUUUCUAUCAUCUUUUUCUCAGUAUCUUGAAUUAUAGUCUUGAAACACUUUAAAAACAUUAAAUGAAGACGAGAUCUGUUGUGUGAUCACAAAUUAAAGGGAAAAGGUUUAUCAUGGAAUCUCACAACUGAUUCAAUAUUUUUCAAUUAGAUUGUAUUCAUUUGUCUCUUUUCAUGGAAAUAUAUUUUCUCCAUCCUG